AUGGAGUUGGACGAGUUGCUGGAGGACAAGCCGACAGCCGCAGACCCGUUAGACAUCGACGACGUCCUCGAGGGACCGCCGGCCGCCGCGGAUCAGGUUGUUUUGAACGUGCCGAAGCCGCGCCGCCCGCCGGCACGAGGCCCGCCGCCGCCGCGCGUGCACGAGGUGCGGCUCCCGCACUUCCGGGACCCCCCGCCGCACGUGAAGCCGUACGUGACGAACGCGUGCUACUACGCCAACCAAAUCGCCCUUAUCACCCGCGAGGGGGCUCGCGAGAAGCGGGGGAUUGUGGUGAACGACAGCAACAUCUACAUCAUGGGCGACGGGGCGCGGGUGGAGCAGACGAUCCCGCUCACGCAGGUGGAGGCGAUGCUCAUGCAGGACGUCCUGACGCCGAAGCCCCUCGGGAUUUCGAAGGAGUGGCAGACGCAUGUUAUUUUGCAGCUGCGGGAGUCCCCGGACCUCUUCUUUGCGCUUGCCGACGACAAGAAGCACGACCCGGCGACAGGGGCCACCUACGGCGACAGGAUUCCCGAGCUGGAGGCAGUCCUGGCGGAGCUGCUGCGGGCGUACGAGGUCGACCUCCUCGUCUGCAGCCUCACGGAGGAGGAGUCGCUGCAGCACCUCCUCAAGCGGACCGUGACGGACGUGGGGAUGCGGCGCGAGUGCGGUGAAGUACUCGCCUACCGCACGGUCCUCACAGCCGCACUGAAGGGGUUGCUGAAGCAGGACGCCCGGAUUGUUGAGCAGCGCAACAAAAUUGAGGCAUCGGGCGCCUCGCAUAAUGUCACGUCCCUGCUGAAGGAAAUUGAACUGAUUGAGGGCAAGAACGAGGUGAUGGCGUCGGCGCUGGAUCAGGCAAGCGCCUCGCUUAACCGGUGCCAGUCAAAGGCGCGCGAGCUGCGUGUGUUGCUGGACGUCAAAGAGAAGGAGAUCCAGGCGGAGGUGGGCACGCGGCUCGCGGCGCAGCAGGGCGAAAUCAUCGCGAGGCAGGCGCUGGAGUACGAACUCAUGACGGUCGCCCACCAGACGGAGAUGCGGCACCUCAGUCUUCUGCGCGACUUCCUGCAGGCCUCCCUCGCGCGCUGCCGCAAGUCCCCCGUCGUCGCCGUUGCCGAGCUGGAGGCGGAGCUCGCGGAGCUGCAGCGGCUGAAGCGGGCGACGCUCCUUCGGAAGGGCGAGACGACGGCGAAGCUGGCCGAGGCGAGGCGCUCCCUCAUCGCCGCGAAGGCGGCGCUGCAGCAGGCGACGGAGGAAGUGGCUGUGCUGCGGCAGCUGCCGCCGGGAGAGCCCGUUCCGCCCAACUUUAACCGCGAGCUGGCGCCGACAUUUCUUCCGGUGCGCCUCGCGCAAGACCGGCUGGAGAACCAGAGCGCGGGCGCCGAAGUGAACGUCGCGUCGCACGGCAACAUGCACGCCCGCGGCGCCAAAGCGACGGCGCUGGUGCUCCCCGACGACGAGGACGACGAUAUCGACCUUGUGCCGCUGCGAAGGCGACGGCCGCCGGAUAACGCCCACCCCAACGUCCUGGUGGAUGAAGACGAUUUGUAG